GUCUGUGUGUUUACCUGCCUGCGACACCUGUAACCGGCAACACUGCUUCCCUCUGGACUGUCACCGCCAUGAUGGGUCGUAGACGUGUUCUGGACGUGUUUCCCUCCCUGCUGCUGCUGCUGCUGCUGUUCUCCGUGGUCUCUGCUGCCCCUUCUUCAACAGGUGACAGCAGCAGUGGCAGUAGACACCCGCGCUGGGCCACCACCUCCUUCUUACGAGCAGGCAACCACCAUCACCACCACCACCACAGCCACCACCACCACCACCAUGUCUCCAGGUUCUCGCUCUCCUCCUUCUCCUCCUUCGGCACCUCCAGGAACUCUAUUCACUCCUUCAGGAACAACAGUGUAGCCAACCUGACGGCGCAGCUCGGUGGGACAGCCUUCCUUCCCUGCAGAACCACCUACGUCAUGGAGAGACAGCUCCUGCCGCAGGUUUCAUGGGUAAGACGGCGGGACUGGCAUAUACUCACAUCCGGCACUCUCACCUACACCCGGGAGGAGCGCUUCUCUGUCCACCAUCCAGAGGGCAGCACGGAAUGGACUCUAGCCAUUAAGUAUGUGCAGUUAGCGGACGCCGGCACCUAUGAAUGUCAGGUGUCCACUGCGGAGGGGUUAGCGUCUCACCUAGUGACGCUGGAGGUGGUGGUGCCCCGUGCUGUCAUCCCAGGGCAGGAGGAGCACCACGUGGAGGCAGGAUCCACCAUCUCCCUCACCUGCUUCAUUGAACAGAGUCCCGUGGCGCCGCAGUACAUCUUCUGGUACCACAACGCACGCAUGAUCAACUAUGACAGGGAGCGUGGCGGCGUCACGGUACACAUCGAAGCCCAGCCCAAGGUCGCCUCGCUCCUGAGGGUGCGUGACGCGCGGCCCGAAGACUCCGGCAACUACACCUGCGCCGCCGCCAACACAGAGUCAGCCUCCGUCACUGUGUACAUCACGGAGGCCGCCAAUAAGAUCGCAGCGGUGCAGCCUCGUGCGCCGGACAGCAGCGCAGCACCUGUUCUCUCCUUUCCCUUGCUUCUGUCUCUGCUGCUCCUCGCCCCGCUGCUCCACUACCUCUCUGAACUCUGAACACACGCACACAUACACGCUCUCACUCUCCCUCACACACCUGUCAGUCGUACGCCUACCAGUGUGACAAGUUGAUGGAUUGAUGGAUUGGAAAGAUUUUACUGGGUCUCGUGUCAUCUCAGUAAGCCAGCGUCCUCCAUGACAGUCCCUCCACGCCUCCCCGGUUCCUGUGUUGAAGUCCCACGAAAAUGUCAAUUGUUUUUUUCAUAGGUCACUCCUGUCUGACCUGGGAGGCGUUACGUUGUCCUGGGGCGAAAGGUCAAGGUCACAGGAGGUCAUACACUGCGCGGCUGGUCUGUGCAGUGACUCGCACCUUCCAGGACACGUUCUGGUCUUGGUGCAAUAUCAUAGUCCCCGGUAGCAACUCUUCAUAGAAAACGGCGAGGCUGGAAGGGAGGACAUCUGUAAACGAGUCCAUGUUACUGAGUUAAGGAAAAUGACGAGGGAUUUUAAAAGGGUGUUCUCUGUUUUCUCAAAGGCUGCACGAACAAGUCAGGCUCUCUAGGGUGUUUUUAUCAGUUUUUUGGUGAAGAUUCCUUACUAAACUGUCACAGGAAGAAA